AUGUCUCAUACAGAUCGGACUGAGGAAGUCAGUGUCGUAGAAUUCCCAGACGGCGGAUGGCGAGCAUGGAGCGUGGUUCUGGGGUCGUGGUGUGCAAUGGUUCCCUCGUUCGGUCUUUUGAAUACAAUGGGUGUCCUGGAAGCAUGGCUCGCAAAUGACCAGUUGAAAGACUAUUCCAAAGCUUCCAUCGGUUGGAUAUUCGGUCUGUAUUCCUUCUUCCUUUAUUUCGGAAGCGUCCAAGUUGGGCCGAUCUUUGAUGCUUACGGUCUCCAGCCCUUGCUUAUCCCAGGAUGUGUCGGACUUGUCGGCUCUCUCAUGGUUUUCAGUGUAGCGAAAGAAUACUACCAAUUCAUGCUCGGAUUCAGCGUCCUCGGUGGAAUUUUCUCAUCUAUGGUCUUCACCCCCAGCAUAGCCUGCAUUGCGCAUUGGUUCUAUCGACGUCGUGCCUUAGCAACAGGGAUCGCAGCCACAGCCGGUGGUUUCGGCGGCAUUAUCUUCCCCAUCAUGAUAUGGAACCUCAGCGAAAUUGUCGGUUUUCCAUGGGCGAUCAGAAUAACCGGUUUCAUCUGCAGCUUCUUCUGCAUUCUAUGCAUCCUAUUCCUCAAGACCAGACUGCCACCUAAGAAGCUAGGCGGAGGCAAGAUCGACAUUAGAGCCCUGCGCGAAACCCCAUUCUCCCUCCUCACGGUCGCCAUAUUCCUGAUCGACUUCGCCCUUCUAAUCCCUCUGACCUACCUGACCUCCUACGCUGAAUCACACAAUAUGCAAGAGAGCCUAGCAUACCAGUUAGUCUCAAUCCUCAACGCCGCUUCGAUCCUCGGACGCGUGGUCCCUGGUUACUUCGCAGACCGCUACGGUCGGUUCAAUGUCAUGAUCAUCACAACACUCGUAUGCACAGUCUUCACACUGGCACUGUGGCUACCAGCUGGGUCCAAUACCGCUGCAACCGUGGCAUACGCUGUACUAUUUGGGUUCUGGAGCGGUUCAGCGAUAAGUCUUGCCCCCGUUUGUGUUGCGCAGAUCUCGUCCACGGAGGAUUUCGGAAAGCGAUACGGGACGACGUAUUCGUUGGUUAGUGUUGGUGCUUUGUUUGCUAUACCUAUUGCCGGUGAGAUAUUGAAAGCUCAGAGCUCGGGAGGAGAGGGUGAGGAUUAUUCGGGGCUUAUACUCUUUUGUGGGUUGGUAUAUGCUUGUGCUUGUUUGUUUUUUGCUUUUGCGAGGGGGGUUUGUACUGGGUGGAAGCUGAAGACGAUAUUUUAG